CCACCUGCCAUGCAUGGCUGCAGUGGCAUGGGUUAUCUGCAUGCACAUCGAUGGCCAGGCUCUAGCCCAGCUAUCGGUGAAAUAGUGCCUGUCUAUACUUGGAAUAUGCACGCAAGCCUCUCACCGUCGGAGAACAAUCUCGCAUAUGAGGAUUUAAAAUGUGCGUAAGUACCAGGGUGACUUCUGGCUCUCCCGUCCAGAACAGACCACUACAACUACUCGCACUUUCCCCCACGCCACAAAAAUAUUAGACCCUCCAGCAGCAUGACGACUGAGUCCGAGUCGACUUCCUUUUCAAUCGAGCUAUACGAUGUCGGCGAAGAAGGCGCCUCAUUCCGCUGCCGGAACGUGAGCAUCGACGAGUUCCAGCGCAAGCAGAUCGCGCAGCAAGAAGACCGGCGACUAUCGGCGCAGGCGGACCUCGUGAGCGUCGUGCACGGCCUAUCCAACGACGAACCCGCCACCCUGAUCAUCAUCGACUUCCAAUUCCAAGGGUCACGGGCAGGGGGGCGGCGUUUCAAGAGCGCGACGAUCGACCUCUCCUUCUCCUCAGCCGCCAAAGGCCCGGGCGCAUACAACGACCCGAUCGUGCGGCAGAUCGCGCCGUACGGCACGUUCGCGCUCAACGCGUCGCUGGAGCAGACCGAGACGACAGUCUCCGUAAGCGCGAGCGCGGAAGCCGGCGCAGGGAUCGCCACGCUCGGCAUUGGUACCGGGUUUGAGCGCACGACGACGAUCGAGCGCCAGGCGAACACGAUGCUCUACGGGAGGCGCCGCAUCGAGGGCCGUAAUCGCGGCGAGCAGAAUGCGGCGAGGUGGGAGCUCGUGGAGAAUCCGGUUGAUAAGCGAGGGAUCCCCCAUGCCCUCCGCACGGCUGUCCUCGUCGAGCCCCGAACAACGGAAAGGUUCCACGCGUGGAUCACAAUCAAGGCGGAGGUCGAUGUGCUCCACUCCCUUAAGGGCUUCUUCGGCCGCAGCGUCGUCGAUCCGGUUUAUUUUGGCACGGCGGAACAGCGCGAAGAUUUUGGCCCGCGGUUGGUCGGCUUGGACGUCAAAGAUCUCGCCUCAUGUAAUCUUGAGCAGCUCGGUGAAGUAGAGGGCCGAGUUCCGGGGGCGCAGAAGGCGUGAAGCUAUACGUAUUUGGUAGAGCUGUCUCUUCAUAUGUAUAUAGGUAGAUGAUGUUGAAGUUUAAGCUUUAGAAUCUGCAGUCUUGUUCACUUUCCCUUCCCCGUCUUGUCUACAUGUCUACAUACCGAAGAAAGCAGCUCUACCUCAAGACGUCCAUAGCAUGUUCGGGGGGAGAGUCGCGGCUUUCUUUCCAAACCAUGUGAUCUAGGCAACCAGAGUACGUCGAUCGAAUUGGGAAAAAGCGGCGACUUUGAGUCUAUACAUACAGUGCCAAAAAGCGGGUAGAAAUUGACGCUGGACUUACACCGUGUCUACACGGGAUAUGUUUUUUCCAUGCAGUCAGACUAAACCUCGUAUUAAUCCGGUGCAUAUGCAAAUCAUAAUUUGUUCAGGUUCGGCA